AUGCCUCCUUUCGGCCCCGACGAGGCGAGCAAUGCCUUGAAUGCUGUACAACAAACCUUCUACAUGGCGGUUCCUGGCCACAACUUCAAGAUGGGCGCCUUCAAGGACAAGGUCACCAAGUCGACCUCGGCCGUGGAAGCUGCUGAUAUCUUUUUGGCAUCCGAUCUCUUGACCGAGGAGGAGAAAGAGCCGCUCCGAAAGAUGCGCAUCGGUCUUAUCUACAUGAUUGCUCGUGGUCCGCUUUUGACCAGCGAUGAGGCCAUUGCCUCAAUCGCGAAUACAUUUGAAGUCACCAACAUCUUCGAUGCGGAUAGGAAGAAGCAGGGCCAAUACGUACCUCCUAUGAUGGCGUAUACGAUGGGCGCAGACAACAAGGUGACUAAGUCCUUCGAGAUUACGGACGACGGCAUGAAAGAGACAGCUGGUGGAGAGGAUGAACUGUUUGGUGGAAACCGAGGCCAAACCCAGCCACAGGAUGGUGUUGCAGUUGGAAAAUUCGAACCUGUGUAUGAGAAGGAACCAGGGACCAACGCAGAACAGAAGACAACCAACUCGGACAAGGGCAAAGAAGGUGGCGAUUUUCGCAGUGACUUCAAGAAGAACCUCCGUGGUGCCUUCCUCUGA